AUGAAGAUUGCCUGCUUGCAGUUCAACUCCCAGGUCGGUGAGGUCGAUGACAACCUCAACCGUGCGGAUGCCGUCCUCGACAGGAUAGAUCCCGAGGAUCUUGAUGGCCUCGACUUGCUUGUCCUGCCGGAGCUAGCCUUCAGUGGUUACAACUUCAAGUCGUUGCAGCACAUCACCCCCUGCCUCGAAGAGGCUGGCUCCGGCAUCACUUCUCUUUGGGCGCAGACCACUGCACUCAAGCACGACUGCACCGUUGUUGUCGGUUAUCCCGAGAAAGUGGACGUCUCGGCAAACUGGCCAGCAUCCCCUGAGUAUUAUAACUCGGCUCUUGCCAUAAACGGCGAUGGGGACAGUGUCGGCAAUUACAGGAAGUCCUUCUUGUUCUACACCGACGAGACCUGGGCUCUGGAGGGUGGCAAUGAAUUCUUCAAAGGCGAGAUUGCCGGACUUGGAAAUGUCGCCUUGGGUAUCGGUACCGAUCUCAACCCUUAUAAACUCGAAGCCCCCUGGGACGCCUUCGAGUUUGGUUUCCACGUUGCCAAAACGCAGGCCAACGUGGUGAUAGUAUCCAUGGCCUGGCAGACACACCAGGAUCCCGAUGUAUUCGGCGCCAACCCCGCGGAACCCGAUAUCGAGACACUUGUUUAUUGGGUCCAGCGACUCGAGCCCCUGAUCCGCGCAGACAAAGAGGAGGAGGUCAUCGUCGUCUUUUGCAACAGGGCUGGAUCUGAGACGGAAGCCACAUACACCGGUACGAGCGCUGUCAUCGGCAUUAAGCGGGGCGAGGUUUUCGUCUAUGGGGUUCUGGGGCGUGGGGUGGACGACCUGCUCAUUGUCGAUACGGAACAGCCGCCCAUGAGCAAACUCACGGAUGCCGACGCCGUAGAGCGCGACGAGUUUCUCACCGAGAAGCCUACCCCACAUGUAGAGAACGACCUGCGGACGCACCGAAUCUCGGACAAUGCCCUCUCGGAAGAGAGCGAAGCAUGUCCAUGCUAUCUUGCUGACUCUGGACUUAGCCCCGAAAUCAACAGCCCCCGACAGCCAACUUCUCCCAAGUUACCCUGGCUAGCGCAAAUCCCCCAGCCGGGUGAUACCCCCACGGACACUCGGUCCCCUACUCGUCUGCAAAUUCCUACCUCCCCGACUCGUCUGCAAAUUCCUACUCGACCCCAGUUCGACGAAUACAUCGCCAUAGACAGUGCCAUCUCAGAUGAUGUCAUAAUCGACACGCCGGCGGUGGGAGAUACCCCAGCCUUGGACCGUCGCUCAUUCCGCCCCAAGCUCGCGAACCCUUCAUCGCCUUGGAGGUUCCCCAGCAAGCAGAGUCCGUAUCCUUGGCACCAUCAUGACGGGUCACACUCUUCGGUCUUUGGUGCCGGGGCUGCCAUGACACCCAUCACACCGUUUGACGAGGACGGCUGGAGUUCGACACCGAUCGAACAGAAGGCGCCGCCCCAAUGGUUUUGGAAGCAUGAGCCGACGUUGUCCGCUUUGAAGGAGUCGAUCGUGGAGGAGGAUGAGGAAGAGCCGGAUGAAUCACCGGAUACAAAAGCGCCACAGCAUGGGGCGGAAAGUGAACCGAAACCAACGCAGUUCGAGACGGGAAAUACUGUUUCCAAGAGUGACGACAGGCAAGAUGAGGAGGAGGAAGUACUCGAGCUAGAACCGGAGACCACCCCUCUGAACGACUGGGCCGAACUCGCUGACGUCUUGGGGGGCCUGAAGGAACAGACUGCGUGGGGCAUGCCCGACUCGGAUCCGACACGGUCGGGGGUUGGGAACGCCUGGGGCGACGGCGGCGAUGGCGGAGAACGGAGUGCAUUAUUUACCUUUGCCAGGCCGUCUAGUAGGGCAAGUCACCGGUCACUCCAGAGGGGGCACUCGUUCGACAACGCUAGCGGCAACGGGGGGCACGGUCAGUGGGCAAGCAAACGUCAACCGUCCCGUCUCCGGCACACCAUCUUCGCGGACGACGUUGCAGACGACGCCAUAGACGAUGAGUCGGACUACGACUCGCCCGAUGACGACUACAGCCCUAGGCGUAGAGGCAGAAGCCGCGGCAGACAGCCCAGCUCCCAACCCCCUACCAUGCUCGACCAGCCGAGCCCUGGCCAUGAGAAUCACGCCAACCCCUACCCAAACAAAAACAACAACCACCUCCAACAGCAACAACAACAACAACCCCAAGCCACCCACAACAACAAACACCCCACACCCCUCUCCAUCGACCCCACCAUCGCCACCCACCACCACCACCAACAAGCAACCACCCCCAGCCUCUGCUCAGCCACCUCAGCAACCUCUACGACAUCCGUCUCAACAUUCGCCGACCCCCUUCCCGGGCUGGGUGACACCGUUCUGCCACGGGUGGAUGCCGGUAAUGAGGAGGAUUUGGAGGACGGGUUGGUGUCUCUUGGUGGGUAUGCUGGCGGUGGUGGUGCUGAGCCGGGUGUUGUUGUGCUUUCUGGUGGGGUGGGAGUGGGGAUGGGAGGGAAGGGGGCUGGAGGGGAGGUUUGGUUUGGGGGGGAGGGGGUGGCUUGA